CAGGAAAAGUUUAGGGUGAAAAAUUCAAGGCUUAUCAUCUUAAAAUCAAGAACAUUGAAGACAAAUGGAAAAUAUACACAAGAACCCAAAAACCACCUUUUUCUUAUUCCAGCUGCUGUCAACAAUUUGUUCAAUGUUGAUAAUAAUUGCCAUUGUGACCUGCGAAUUAUACACACAUAACAUAAGAAUUGUCCCACUGACAUUUUAUGCAGGUUACUGGACAAGUCCAUUUAUCCUAUUUACCGCCGUAAUUUAUUCGAUUGAAAAAAGUAGACAAGAUGGAAAAUUUUACAAACUAGCUAUAUCCUUCGCUUUAUUCAGCUUGCUUGUAUGUUUGAUCGGCAUUAUGUUCUCGUUAUUUACAAUAUAUUGGAUUAUUGACAUCAUAGAUGCGCAAGUUUACUAUGAAUAUCGGGUAGAAUUCAUUGUUCAAACGGCAUUGCUUAUUUUGGCUAGUGGAAUAUGUCUAAUGGAUGUUAUGUCAUUGACAUGUUGCUGCUGUUUAAACAUUUCAACCGUAUCAAAAGACACAAAUACUCACCAAAAUAAUUUGAGAACUCAUUCAAAAAAUAAACAAUUACCAACUCAUAUUACUAAUGUCACAGAUCCUUUACAAUUACAUUCUUACCCCCAAGGAUAUCAAGUAAAUCAAGGUUGUGAUCAGAAUUAUAGUCAACCUAAUGGCUUACCACCACCUUACAGUUAAUAGCAGGAACCUUAAAAUACAUCGUUAUAAACAUCUUUACUGUAAAAUAGAAAUUCCACGUGAAAUGGUUUCGAAAAUCAAUAUAUCUGUCGUCGAUACUAAUUACAAACCUACACCUCAACAUUUGGUAUGAAAGAAAUCCCCACGCAUUGCAAUCACUUAUAAAGUAAAAUGCUCAUUUCCUUUCAGAUUCUGGUUUUAUGUACAUAGAAAUAUCUAGCCCCAACUAAAAUGAGACGAUUUAUGAAGAAAUAUUGCACAGACUUGUGUUUGAUGAAUGACCUGCAUAGUUGCUGUGUAACCUGUUUAAAGUUAACUGAACCGAAUGUAGCCUAAGUAACCCACAACAAAUCCACCCACAUUCCGUAAGAGAUGCCGACAC